UUCACCGAGUCUUCAUCAAUCGAAGCCACAAUUUUUUCCAUUUACAUACUUAAUACUAACCUGAAUUGAAAUGGAGUCCACAAAACUUUUCAUUUUCGCUACUCUUUUAGUCUCCGCCCUCGGAGGGAUUGUCCCCCACAGAGCUGUAGUCCCAAUUAAUGAUGGAAAAUACUUGCUGGAAACGAGGGUAACUUUAACUGGAAUUCUUACCGUCAAAGUAACUGUUGAAUCGAAAGGUUGGGUUGGAUGGGGAAUUUCUCCAACUGGUGCGAUGUCAGGGUCGGACAUGGUCAUCGGGGGAUUUAAUGAAGCCACGGGAGAAUCCUACAUUGGGGAUCGCUACUCAACAGGUCCAGGAAUCCCAGUUUUGGACACGAUUCAAAACGUAGAGCUUAUUUCUGCCUCUGAAAACGCUACCCAUACCAUUCUUGAGUUCUCUCGAGCUGUUGAUACGGGAGAUGUUGAACAAGAUCUCAAAGUAGAGAACGCAGUCCAAUAUAUCGUCUGGGCAACGGGUGAAACGGACGAUUUAGGUUAUCAUGGACAAGUGAAUCGUGGAUCCAUUCAACUAAAUUUGAUGGACGGUUAAACUCAUUUAUUGUUCAUAGCUAUUCUCAAUAUGAAUAAUAAAACGAAUUGCGCUGAUAAAAAUGCA